AUGGACAGAGAUGUGGACUCUGUAGACACAAAGAAAGAUGUGGACACACGGACAGAUGUGGACACACGGACAGAUGUGGACACACAGACAGAUAUGGACACCGAUGUGGACUCAAAGCCGCCCACACAGAGGAGGAGAGCCGUGAUCAUGAAGUGGACACAGAGAUGGAAGUCUCCGGUGGAGUUCACAAAGCCUCUGGAGGACCAGACGGUGGAGGAGGAGGCCACCGCCACGCUGGAGUGUGAAGUUUCCAGGGAGAACGCAGAGGUCUGCUGGUUCAGAGACGGACAGGAGGUCCGCAAGAACAAGAAGUACGACAUCACCGUGGACGGCCGCAAGAGGGUGCUGCUGAUCCACGACUGCACCCUGGACGACUCCAAAACCUACACCUGCGAUGCCAAGGACUUCAAAACCUCCUGCUUCCUGAACGUCGAGCGUAAGUGCAGCAUAUCCGGCAGCCGAGACUCAGAGGGGCGCCCUCUAGUGGUCCGCUGGUUCAAGGAUGGAAGCGAGAUCAGAAAAGGGAAGAAGUAUGAAAUUAUCGCUCAAGGCCGCCAACACAUCCUCAUCGUGCACAAGUCUGCGUUUGACGAUGAGGCUGAAUACGAAUGUGACGCCAAGACCUCCAAGUCCUCCGGCAUGCUGACCGUCGUCGGUAAGAACCGGAGGACAUGUGGGCUCCGGGGUUUCUGUUCUAGUUUAGAGGAGGAGGCCAGGUUCACCAAGAACCUGUCCAGUGUGGAGGGCACGGAGACGGACAGCGUGAGGCUGAUCUGCGAGGUGUCCAAACCCAGCGCCGACGUGAGCUGGUACAAAGGAGACGAGGAGGUGCCCGAGGGCGGCCGCUACGACCAGAUCGUGGACGGCAAGAGGAGGAUCCUGGUCAUCCAGGACCUGAAGAUCAGCGACGCCGGAGAGUACAACUGCAGGCUGAGCGCCAGCAUCAGGACCUCCGGGAACCUGAAGAUCAACGGUUGGUUCUUACUCUUUCUCGCCCUUUCCUCGUUUCCGUGGCUUUGA